AUGGUUUCAAAUUUAAAAAGGAUUAUGGCCGGGCUUCCCUGGAUGCCGGACCAGAUCUCCGUCUCCGAGUUUAUCGCCGAGACCACCGAGGACUACAACUCGCCCACCACGUCCAGCUUCACCACGCGGCUGCACAACUGCAGGAACACCGUGACGCUGCUGGAGGAGGCUCUAGACCAAGAUAGAACAGCCUUACAGAAAGUUAAGAAGUCUGUAAAAGCAAUAUAUAAUUCCGGUCAAGAUCAUGUACAAAAUGAAGAAAACUACGCACAAGUUCUUGAUAAGUUUGGGAGUAAUUUUUUAAGUCGAGACAACCCAGAUCUUGGCACCGCUUUUGUCAAGUUUUCUACUCUUACAAAGGAACUGUCCACACUGCUGAAAAAUCUGCUCCAGGGCCUGAGCCACAACGUGAUCUUCACCUUGGAUUCCUUGUUGAAAGGAGACCUAAAGGGAGUCAAAGGAGAUCUCAAGAAGCCAUUUGACAAAGCUUGGAAAGAUUAUGAGACAAAGUUUACAAAAAUUGAGAAGGAGAAAAGGGAGCACGCCAAACAGCACGGGAUGAUCCGCACGGAGAUCACCGGAGCUGAGAUCGCGGAAGAGAUGGAGAAGGAGAGGCGCCUCUUUCAGCUCCAGAUGUGCGAAUAUCUCAUUAAAGUUAAUGAAAUCAAGACCAAAAAGGGUGUGGAUCUGCUGCAGAAUCUGAUAAAGUAUUAUCACGCACAGUGCAAUUUCUUUCAAGAUGGCUUGAAGACAGCUGAUAAAUUGAAACAGUACAUUGAAAAACUGGCUGCUGAUUUAUAUAAUAUAAAACAGACCCAGGAUGAAGAAAAGAAACAGCUGACUGCACUCCGAGACUUAAUAAAAUCCUCCCUUCAACUUGAUCAGAAAGAAGAUUCCCAGAGCCGGCAAGGAGGAUACAGCAUGCACCAGCUCCAGGGCAACAAGGAGUAUGGCAGUGAGAAGAAGGGGUACCUACUGAAGAAAAGCGAUGGGAUCCGGAAAGUGUGGCAGAGAAGGAAGUGCUCUGUCAAGAACGGGAUUCUGACCAUCUCCCACGCCACAUCUAACAGGCAACCCGCCAAGUUGAACCUUCUCACCUGUCAGGUGAAACCGAAAGCCGAGGACAAGAAGUCUUUUGACCUGAUAUCACAUAAUAGGACGUAUCACUUUCAGGCAGAAGAUGAGCAGGAUUAUGUAGCGUGGAUAUCAGUGCUGACAAACAGCAAAGAAGAGGCCCUCACCAUGGCCUUCCGUGGAGAGCAGAGCGCGGGGGAGAACAGCCUGGAGGACCUGACGAAAGCCAUCAUUGAGGACGUCCAGCGGCUCCCAGGCAAUGAUGUCUGCUGCGACUGUGGCUCGUCAGAACCCACCUGGCUUUCAACCAACUUGGGGAUUUUGACCUGUAUAGAAUGUUCCGGCAUCCAUAGGGAAAUGGGGGUUCAUAUUUCUCGCAUUCAGUCUUUGGAACUAGACAAAUUAGGAACUUCUGAACUCUUGCUGGCCAAGAAUGUAGGAAACAAUAGUUUUAAUGAUAUUAUGGAAGCAAAUUUACCCAGCCCCUCACCAAAACCCACCCCUUCAAGUGAUAUGACUGUACGGAAGGAAUAUAUCACUGCAAAGUAUGUAGAUCAUAGAUUUUCACGGAAGACCUGUUCAUCUUCGUCAGCUAAACUGAACGAAUUGCUUGAGGCCAUCAAAUCCAGGGAUUUACUUGCACUAAUUCAAGUCUAUGCAGAGGGGGUAGAGCUAAUGGAACCGCUGCUGGAACCCGGGCAGGAGCUCGGGGAGACAGCCCUUCAUCUUGCAGUCCGAACUGCAGACCAGACAUCUCUCCACUUGGUUGACUUCCUUGUACAAAACUGUGGGAACCUGGAUAAGCAGACGGCCCUGGGGAACACGGCUCUGCACUACUGUAGCAUGUAUGGUAAACCUGAGUGUUUGAAGCUGCUUCUCAGGAGCAAGCCCACCGUGGAUGUCGCUAACCAGGCUGGAGAGACUGCCCUGGACAUAGCAAAGAGACUGAAGGCCACCCAGUGUGAAGAUCUGCUUUCCCAGGCUAAAUCUGGAAAGUUCAAUCCACAUGUCCACGUAGAAUAUGAGUGGAAUCUUCGACAGGAGGAGAUGGAUGAAAGCGAUGAUGAUCUGGAUGACAAACCGAGCCCCAUCAAGAAAGAGCGCUCACCCAGACCUCAGAGCUUCUGCCACUCCUCCAGCAUCUCCCCCCAGGACAAGCUGUCACUGCCGGGCUUCAGCACUCCGCGGGACAAACAGCGGCUCUCCUACGGCGCCUUCACCAACCAGAUCUUUGUCUCCACAAGCACAGACUCACCCACAGCGCCGACCGCGGAGGCACCCCCGUUGCCUCCUAGAAACGCCGGGAAAGGUCCAACUGGCCCACCUUCAGCACUCCCUCUAAGCACCCAGACCUCUAGUGGCAGCUCCACUCUGUCCAAGAAGAGGCCUCCUCCCCCACCGCCCGGACACAAGAGAACCCUAUCCGACCCUCCCAGCCCACUACCUCACGGGCCCCCAAACAAAGGCGCAGUUCCUUGGGGUAACGACGUGGGUCCGUCAUCAUCGAGUAAGACCGCUAACAAGUUCGAGGGCCUGUCCCAGCAGUCGAGCACCGGUUCUGCAAAGACUGCCCUUGGCCCAAGAGUUCUUCCUAAACUACCUCAGAAAGUGGCACUAAGGAAAACAGAGACCAGCCAUCAUCUCUCCCUCGACAAAGCCACCGUCCCGCCCGAACUCUUCCAGAAGUCAUCACAGUUAGCAGAGUUACCACAGAAGCCGCCACCCGGAGACCUGCCCCCGAAGCCCACGGAACUGGCUCCCAAACCCCCAAUCGGAGACUUGCCACCUAAGCCGGGAGACCUGCCCCCCAAGCCGCAGCUCGCAGACUUGCCUCCCAAGCCGCAGGUGAAGGACCUGCCGCCCAAGCCGCAGCUGGGAGACUUGCUGGCGAAACCCCAGGCGGCAGACGCCUCUCCCAAGGCCCAGCCGCCCCCAGAGCUCGCCCCCAAGUCACACCCGGCCGAUCUCUCCCCGAAUAUCCCGAAGCAGGCGUCUGAGGACUCCAACGACCUCACACCCACCCUGCCGGAGACGCCCGUGCCGCUGCCCAGGAAGAUCAACACGGGGAAAAGUAAGGUGAGGCGAGUGAAGACCAUCUAUGACUGCCAGGCAGACAAUGACGACGAGCUGACCUUCAUGGAGGGCGAGGUGAUCGUGGUCACCGGAGAGGAAGACCAGGAGUGGUGGAUCGGGCACAUCGAAGGGCAGCCCGAGAGGAAGGGGGUCUUUCCGGUGUCCUUUGUCCACAUCCUGUCUGACUAG